UGCAGAUUUGAGUCGUUGUUUUCUUCUUUGCCGCUGUGAUGAACGAGAACUUCAUAAAACAGAUUAUGCUGGCGCACAAUGCAAGACGGCGUGCACAUGGUGUUCCUGAUUUGCGAUGGAAUGACCAGCUCGCCGCACAAGCACAAGCCUGGGCUGAGAGAGUGGCCAAGCAAGCUCACAUCUCUUAUAAGGAGUUGAGCGGAAUCGGCGAAAACAUCACCUUCUUCCCACGAGAUUUGGACCCUGAAGCAAUAGUCGAACACUGGUAUGAAGAACACGAGAAAUAUGAGUAUGAUACUCCUGGCUGGCAGUGCGGAACAAAUUACUUCACACAAAUCAUUUGGAGGGAAACGGAAGAGGUCGGUAUAGGACGAGCGUUUGUUGAGCCAGACAUCGAGAAUUACAAUAGCAAGACACCAAGGAGCAGUGGCAAAUUGGCCACACCAGGCGACCAAGUGAUUGUAGCGUUUUACCGCCCAGCUGGCAAUAACAACCGCGCUGGACAAUUCGCCGUGAAUGUUCUAAAACCGAUAAGAAGAGACGAAUCAGUAACAGAAUAAUGUAUCAACUUAAACAAAUAUAAAGUCCAGAAACGGGCAUCUAGAAUCUUGCCAAAAUGUGAGAAAAUGUGGCAUAACAAUCAGUUCAUUCAUGUAAUUACUGUAUUGGUAUGAAUAAAUUAUGUUUCAUUGACCCAAAC